UAAUUAGUAUAAACAUUCAUGAUAAAUGACAAUACAGUUUUAUUAACAAUUGGUAUAACCGGUUUCAAUUUUUUAAUAUAUAAAAAUACCAUUUUUAUAGCAUGUGUCUUAAUUAUUACAAUGUCAAUUGUCAUUUUAUUGUUUCUAUUCAGAAGUCUCAUAUUGAUCAAUUCAUUAUAAAAAAUUGUAUCAGAUUUAAAUAUAAAACAAUAGCCUAAAUUAAUAAUUUAACAAUUUUAGAAAGUUUCACUAUAUUGAUUUGUUAACUCAAUAUUAAAUGAAGUUUAAUCAAGAGUAUUGGGUAACAGAAUUACCCAAACCACUUACUUACAUUCCAAUAAUAGAACUAGCAAUUCCAGGAUCUCAUGAUUCAUUUUCAUAUACUAUAACGCCAUAUAGUAAAAUAGGACCUGAUGCAUCAAGACUUGUGAAGUACUUAAAUCUUAUGUUUGGACCUAUAAUGCGACGGUUUGUUUACAAAUGGUCUAUUACUCAGACAUGUAAUAUUCAACACCAACUUUGCUUAGGAAUAAGAUAUUUUGAUUUACGGAUGGCAACAAAAAUAAAUGACACUAAUUUUUAUACAGUCCAUGCUCUUUAUGGCGAUCCAGUUAUGAAGGAGCUGAUAAAUAUUAAAACAUUUUUGAUGUCACAUACUAAAGAAAUUCUUAUAUUGGACUUUCAACAUUUUUAUCAGUUUUCCAAAGCUGAUCAUAAUCGAUUAUUAACAAUUUUAAAGUCACUUUUUCAUAAUAUGAUUUGUCCAAAAACAUAUCCAGUUGAAAAACUUAAUUUGAAUAUAAUGAGAACAAAUAGUUGGCAGAUGAUAAUUAUAUAUAGACAUAAUAUUCAAGAUGAUAUGUUUUGGCCAUCUUCAUAUUGGCCAACACCAUGGCCACAAACAACUACUUAUAAAUAUUUAAUACAAUUUUUAGAAUCUGGUCUUAAGCAAAGAAAACCAAAUACAGGAUAUGUUACUCAAUGUCUGUUUACUCCUGAUGUAAAGUUUAUACUACGAUACUUUUAUUUAAAUCUUCAAACUUGUUGUCUACCACUGAAUAAUUUAAUACCAAAAUGGAUAAUUAAUCAAAAAUCUGGCAAUAAGCACGGUGUAAAUGUAAUAAUAGCUGAUUUUAUCAACAUGAACGGAUUUAAUUUUUGUGAUAUUGUUAUUCAACUAAAUUAUAAACAUUUAAUAACUAAAAAAAACUGCUUAAACUCAGUUUUUGGAAUGACGUUAACUGAACAUGCUCUUGAAUUAAUUGAUGAUGAUAGUGUGUUUUUAAUUCAAUGUCAUGAACGACGCAUAAUUCAAAUAGUUGGCUCAAGAGGUGACAUAUAUACAAUAAUGGAAACUGUAAAUUUUUGCACUUGUGAUUUUUUCAAAUAUCAAGUAUUGACAGAUAAAUCCUUGUGUUGCAAACAUUUUUUAGCUGCCAAAGUAGCUUUAAUCUUAAAAAGCUUCAAAGUAAAAAGUGAAACACCUGGAAGUUUAACUUCAAUAAUGAUUAGUGCUUAUGGUAACCAAGAAUUUGAUUGA